GUCAGCUGUGGUUGAUUCAACAUCAGUGUGGGAGGGAGUGUGUUAGUGGUAGUAGCGUAGUGUGGUGCCCAGGGCUGCUGCUGCUGCUACUACUGCUACUUCUGCUACUGCUACUGCUACUAUUGCUACUGCUACUACUACUGCUGCAUGAGAGUGCUGGUUAAGGAGGGUCGCCAAACCCAAUCAAAUCAGAAUCCUCCUACCAAGGUUGCAGCAGACGUGAUGUCCCAUCUCAGGGCGAGAGAAAGAGAACCUCCUCAGAGUUGAGGCUGGGAUAUCAACACCACGGGUACACAAUGAUGGGUGUGUCACCAAGUGUGAGGGCAGCACUGGUGCUGCUGGUGCUGCCUCCUGCAGUGUGGGCCGCUCCUGCUGGUGUCCUUCACACUCCCCUCUCACCCAUCUACAGGAGGAAGGCAGACUCCAACGCUAGCAACGUUAACCACAUUCGUGACGACCCGUAUUCCGACAGUUCCACGUCCACGCCCGCACACGCCCCUAUCACACCCUCGUCUGAUUUCAACUUCUCAACUCCAGAACCAGUGUCAAAAGUACAGGUGCUAGCUAUGAGGUUCAUGCAGAAGUUCGGUUACUUGCCUAAGGAAGACAUCAACGCCGCCUCCUACUUCGACACUCGCUCGCUGGAAAAGGAUAUCAUCAGAGUCCAGAAGUUUGGUAACAUACCACAGACGGGAGUCAUCGAUAACGCUACUCUGCAGCUGAUGGAGACACCUCGCUGUGGACUGCCUGACGUGGAUCCAUACGAAGACCAGGGGGAACACAUCCGGCGUAAACGAUUCAUCUUAGGUGGUGAUGGAUGGAAGAAGAGGAAGAUUACUUAUCUAGUGGCCAACUGGUCUCCACAACUACGUACAAAAGAGAACGUACAGAGGGAGCUACGUCGAGCCUUCGACGCCUGGAGCACUUAUUCCAACCUGCAGUUCCUUGAAGUCAACCACACCACCGCUGAUAUCAUUAUAUACUUCGCUAGUUACGACCAUAGUGACGGGUACGCCUUCGAUGGUCCCAGUGGUAUCCUGGCUCACGCUUACUACCCGUACGAGUUUGGCAGCUACGGAGGAGACGUUCACUUUGACGAGAGUGAAGAGUGGACUAUUAGACCUAAGGAUGACUACUCAGGACUGGAUUUUUUCACGGUAGCAGUACAUGAGAUCGGUCACUCGCUGGGUCUGGCUCAUUCCCCGGUGUCCGGCUCCAUCAUGUUCCCUUACUAUAAAGGCUACAAACCCAGCUUCUCCCUGGACUACGAUGAUGUUAUGGCCAUGUGGGAGCUCUACAUAAAGCGAAAACUUGAUGGAGAUGACGAGUACUUCAAGUCGACCACGACCACCACGACCACCCCAGCCACCUACCCUGACGAAGACCACCAGGCCGACGCUGCCGGCGACAAUGAAGGAGAUGGAGUGGAUAGGAGGAAGAAUGGAGGGCGAGAAGAGGAGGAGAAGGAGGAUGACUUCUACGAGGAGGAUCGGAAGAGGAGGGAGGAGGAAGAGAGACGACGUGAGGAGGAGCGGAAAAGGCAGCGAGAGGAGGACGAGGAGAGGAAACGCUGGGAGGAGGAGAUCAGGAAGAAGGAGGUGGAGGCCAGACGGAGGGAGGAGGAAGAACGGAGAAGGUGGGAAGAGGAAGAAGAGGAGUCGUGGGUGAAGAGGAAAGAAGGAGACACGACAAAACCACCACCCACCUUGCCUAACAUCUGCCACGGAAGUUACGACGCCGUGGCUCUGCUCAGACAAGAACUCUUUAUCUUCAAAGAUGAGUACCUGUGGCGGUACUCAGCACGAGGACGACUGCGUGAAGGUUAUCCUUCACUCAUACGCAGUCUCUUCCCGGCUCUUCCGACCUUCUUGAAGAAGGUAGAUGCCGUCUUUGAGAGGUACAGCGACAGCAGUAUAAUCUUCUUUAUAGGGAAGUACUAUUACGUACAUGAUGGUGACCGGCUGGUGGAGGGGUCACCGCUCCCCCUCACCAACCUGGGCCUCCCUCAGGUCCAGACCAGCAUCGACGCCGCACUCUACUGGCCCAGGGCCCAGAAGACUUACUUCUUUAGCCGUGACUGGUACUACCGGUACAACGACGCAGAGGGUCGUAUGGACGACGGAUACCCUAAGAAUAUAACGAAGUGGAAUGGCCUACCCAACAACCUUGACGCAGCGUUCACUUACUCUGACGGAGAGUCGUACUUCUUCAGAGGGUAUCAGUUCUGGAGGUACAACAACAAAUUGAUCCGCCCUGCAGCUGGCUACCCUAAAAAUGCCCCUGAAUAUUGGGCAGGAUGUGACCCUGAGAGCCAGGGGCACUCUCCAGCCCCCUAGUGGAAGGGGGGAGGCUGUGGUACCCUGCUGCCACACUGGGGGAGCGGUAAAGCCGUAGGGGAGCCAACAGCGCCGUGAAAACUCCGUGACGAUAUGUGCCCUCUCACUUUUCUCUAGUGAAAAUUGAAAGGGCAGUGUUUCGCUCUGAUGCCGAAACCUGGUCUUGGUGUUUCCGGGAACUUAAAGUGACAAUGACACCUCUCUCGGUUUCUGUGUCCUUAAAGUGAUAUUAAAGCCUCCUUUCUGGAUUUCUGUGUUCUUUAAGUGCUACUGAAACCUUCUUUAGGGGUUCCUGAGGCUAAAAGUGCUACUGAAAUCUUCUCAAGUGGUUCCUGGGGCCUAAAACUGCUACUAAAAUCUCCUCAAGUGGUUCCUGGGGCCUAAAAGUGCUACUGAAAUCUCCUCAAGUGGUUCCUGGGGCCUAAAAGUGCUACUAAAAUCUCCUCAAGUGGUUCCUGGGGCCUAAAAGUGCUACUGAAAUCUCCUCAAGUGGUUUCUGGGGCCUAAAAAUGUUACUGAAAUCUCCUCAAGAAGUUCCUGUGGCCUAAAAGUGCUACUGAAAUCUCCUCAAGUGGUUCCUGGUGCCUAAAAGGGCUACUGAAAUCUCCUCAAGUGGUUCCUGGGGCCUAAAAAUGCUACUGAAAUCUCCUCAAGUGGUUCCUGGGGCCUAAAAGUGGUACUGAAAUCUCCUCAAGAAGUUCCUGGGGCCUAAAAGUGCUUUCUGGUCACACCCAGGGUUGUCAGGCAUACGGAGGAGUGGGUGGAGAGGAGACCAAGGGAAGACCUCAGUCUCGUGACCCGGAAAAAGGUAAGGUCAGCGGGUGGUGGUGAGAGGACAGACCGUGAACAGGACAGCACUGUGUCCUGCCUGUCACCAUGAUAUUGUCCCCCCACCAGGAGAGAGAGGGGGGGGGCAAUAAGGAGGUUUCCCGUGAAGGUUUACAAACCUCUCAACCACCAGCAUCAACAGCAACAACAGCAGCAGCAUCAACAACAACAAAGGCAGCAACAAGAACAACAACGUUAACAGCAAUAACACUGACAAACGAAACAGCGUAAGACUAGACUAUAGCUACUUUUCGACCACGUCAAUGGGUGGGGAGGGGGCGAAAAGUGUUGAACAAAGACCCACUUAGCCAAGCCUCCUUCACCAGCAAGUCUUGCAAGACUUACUAAAGACCAGCAGGUCAAGUCUUACAAAAAAAAAAAAAACCAAGAAA